AGUUAGAGGGCAACAGUCUACCAUGUGUUCAGCUACCCAUCUUCCCUCUAUUUUACUUUCUACACCCCCUUUUCCACUUCCUUAAUUCAAUUCUAUACUAGUAAUAAGCUUCUAGAAUACUAAUUGCACACUUGCACUGCCUUAUUAUAUUAGGAAUUGACUUGCUAUUAUAGUCCUAUAUAUUACCACUCAAUCAUUUCCUUAUUAUGCAAAUUAACAACAUUUUUAAUCACCCACAUCUUUAUUAUAAAAAGAAAAGAGAGAAAAUAUAGAAACUUAAUUCAUUACUCUUUUUAAUUUGCUAUUGCAAUGGCUGACACAGAAUCCUCCUCUAACAAUGUUUCAGCUGAUUCUAGAGAUCAAAAAUCUAGCCAAGAUUCAAAACUUGAAUUUUCUGCGGAUGAGGAAAUCCUUAUUACUAUGGUUUAUAAUCUGGUUGGGGAGAAGUGGUCAUUGAUUGCUGGAAGAAUUCCUGGAAGAACAGCAGAAGAAAUAGAAAAGUAUUGGAAUUCAAGAUACUCUACUAGCGAAUGAAUGCCAGAUAAGAAUGAAUCAAGAAAAUAAUUUAUGAGUGAUUUUGAAGGAUAUGAAAUGAAAAUUGAUUUUUUUAUUAUUAUGAAUCAAGAAAUGAAUCUUACAAUUCUAUUUCGUAUUUUAAUUUUAAUUAUAUUAUCCACUUUGUUCGUGUAA